AUGGUGCCCGAGCGACGGGCUUUGAGUGCACCUCUGACCGCCGCCGAGGAGCUCGCGUCGGCGGACUGCUUCUUCGUCACGCCCGACGGGGCGGGCGGCCCCAUCCUGGACGAGAGCGACGUGGAGCUAUUCUGGGCCGCGAGGCUCGAGGCCGCCCGCGAGGCCCUGGAGGCGCACGGCGCCGCAGUCCUGCCGCGCUUCCUCGGCGGCGCGGCGGCCGAGGCGCUGGCCCGGCAGGCCGAGGCGUGGCGGGGCCUGACGCCGGCGCUGGAGGGCUGCAGGCUCGGCGGAGGCCGUGGAGACCUCGCAGACCUCGUGGACGAGCUGCCCGAAGCGUUGACCCGGAGCCUGGACGCCCUCGUGGUCGGCCUGCGCGAGGGCGGGGGGGAGUGCGCGGCGCGGCUCGGGUGCUGCGAGCGAGUUCCGCUCGUGGCCGAUGGCGGCGGUGUACGAGCCUGGGUCCAGGUACGUGUGGCACUACGACAACACGCGCCGCGACAACGGCCGCCUGCUCACGUGCGUCUACUACACGAACCCCGAGUGGACCGACGAGGACGGCGCCCCCUCCCAGGCCUCCAAGAGGUCCGUGCCAGGAUCGCUGCUAAGGAGGCCCCGGCCCAGGCCUAG